AUGGCAGCAAGACAGCUAGCGGAGCUCAUCGGUUCUGAGUUCCUCGGCUGGUGCCCAUGGCGAGCGAAGUUUGUGUGUGACGCUCUGGCAUCGGCGGCACCCAACGCCGCACUAUGGACCAUCGUCAGCUUUGCGCCCCUUGCAGGCGAACCCUUGAAGGUCUUUCCUGGGAGCUCGAUUGCGGCUGCCAUUGCUUUGUGUCCGAAGUGGGGCAUCGUCACACUCAUGGCAGGCGAGCAUGACAUUGAAGACAUCGUGGUCAUCGACAAGCCACUGACCAUCCGGGGCGGUGGUGUGCCCCAAGGAAUUGACCAGCCUCUUGCCCGGGGAGACCAUGGACAGCAGGCCACCAGAAUCAGGGUCGCCUGUGGUGGCCGAGGAGCGUCUGGAUCAGCUCUGUCAUUUGCUGACGGAUGCCGGGAUGCCAUGCUGUGCGACAUCGACUUCUUUGAGACGCCUAUGACAUGCAGCGGAGGCACUCCUACGAUCUCGCGGUGCACCGUGACUUCGCACAAGUUGUGCGUCGAAGCCACCAAUAACACUCGCGUCACACUUCGGGACUGCUGGAUUCGUGGAGAUGGCUGGGACUCUGGCGCGACUGGUGUCUUGAUUGCAGACGAGGCAGUGGUACAUGCAGUGAAUUGCCAUUUCGACGAUUUUCUAGACGACCUCGCCGAUAAGCCCUGCGGAAUCUAUGUGAAGGACCGAGGCCACUGUCACGUUGAGCUCUGCAGAUUCGAGAGUAUCGCACGAGAUGCAAUGGUACGCUGCAUACCACCUGCGACGGUCCAGCUGCAGAGCUUCACAUAUGUCGAGGAUUGA